GCCGCCCGGGAACGCGCUCCGAGGCCCUCGGGGGCGCGAUCUCCUCCCCCCGCCCCUUUGUGUGCCUUUGGCGCCUUCCUGGCGGUCUCCCCGGCGGCGGCGGCUCUCGGGGCUCUCGGGGCUCCCUGGCUGGGCUGGGCUCGGGCUGCGCGGCCAUGGACAUCAAGAGGCGGGUUACGCUGGAGCUGCGGAACAGGAAGCCGGGGGAGGUGAAGGAUUUAGUCUUGGAUAACUGCUUCUCAGAUGAUGGCAAGAUUGGGGGCCUGUCUUCAGAAUUUGAAAACCUUGAGUUUCUCAGCAUGGUCGACAUCAAUCUCGUGUCUUUGGCCAACCUACCCAAGCUUCCCCGACUACGAAAGUUGGAGCUCAGCGAUAACCACCUCUCUGGAGGCCUGGAGGUCCUGGCCGAACGAACCCCCAGCCUGGUCCAGUUAAAUCUGAGUGGGAACAAAAUCAAGGACAUCAACACGCUGGAGCCCCUGAAGAAGCUGCCGAACCUCAAGAGCCUAGACCUUUUCAAAUGUGAUGUGACCAUGCUGAUGAGCUAUCGGGAGAGUGUGUUUGCCCUCUUGCCCCAGCUCACCUACCUCGAUGGCUACGAUGCUGAUGACAAGGAAGCUCCGGACUCUGACCCUGAGGCUGAGAGGGAGGGCCUGGAGAGUGUUUGCGGGGAAAAUGGGGAAGUGAUAGGUGAAGAGGAGGAGGAGGAGGAAGAGGAAGAGGAAGAGCUUGAUGAGGAUGUAAUUGAUGACGAUGAGGAUGAGGAUGAUGAAGAUGUUGAUGGAGAAGAAGAUGAGGAGGAGGAAGAGGAGGAGGAGGAGGAGGAAGAAGAAGAUGGGGUAGAGGAUGAGGGGGUCAGACUAGCUCCUGCCCCCUCAAGCACCGACGUUGUAGAAUUCACUCUGCCCUGUCUUCUCCCCCAAUCCUUCAGGAUGAUGAUGAGGAUGAAGAUGAUGAUGGAGAGGAGGAUGAAGAGGAAGACGGAGAAGAGCCCCAGCACGGAGAGAAAAGGAAACGAGCUGCAGAUGAUGAGGGGGACGACAGCGAGGAGGAUGAGGAGGACUGAACGCCCUGCGGUCAGUGAGCAGCAGCGGCUUGAGGAUGGACUCUGCCAGCUUGCCCUUGCCCUUUGCCCCCCAGCCCUGGGCACUGCUGGCUCUGGGGUCUGUUCUUUUCCAGAAGGGGCUCCACAGGCACUGCUUGGCCAGGGGAUUCGGUGACCAAAGGUUUUCUCCGUUUUCAGGGGUGUUUGUGCAACAAUUUGUUGGAAUUCUUUCUAAAUCUCUGUUUCCAAGAAAAAUAUGUCCCAUGCCCUGCCUGGGCCCUGAAGGGGCAGGGGCUCUGGCACUUUCUCAGGAUAAACCUUGCAGCCCCCUCCCUCUUCCCUCUUAUUGGUCUUUUUAAAUAAAUAAAAACUGGAAUUUUUUUA